GGAUAUUGUCUUAAAUGUAACAGUAAUUGUAAUGCAUGUGUAGGAACAAGUACAAAUUGCACAUAUUGUAAUAACAAUUUUUAUUUAUCAAAUAACGUUUGUUAUAAGUGUCAUUCAGAGUGUGGUGGGUGUAAUGGCCCUGAAAGAACCAAUUGCACUUGGUGUUAUGAUGGUUUUUAUCUUGACAGUUUUCAUGGGAAAUAUAAUAACACAUGUCAACCAUGUGCAAAUAAUUGCCUUUAUUGUGAAAGCAAUGAGUAUUGUUGGGGUUGCAGCGAAGGAUAUUUUGUUGUUGAUGCGAGUUACUGUGAAAAGUGUUUGGUAGAAAAUUGUCGAUAUUGUGAUCAUGAUAUGUGUUUCGAUUGUUAUGAUGGAUAUUAUACAUUUAAUUAUCAUUGUUACACAUGUUCAAGUAUUUGCAAAACGUGUUGGGGUCCACAAACAACACAGUGCUAUAGUUGUGUGGAUGGGUAUUACCUUUCUUCAUACGAAUGUCUUUCUUGUUCAUCAACAUGUCAAACAUGUUCAAUAAAUUCGACAAAUUGUUUAUCGUGUGUACAAGGAGAGCGAUAUUUAUGGAACAACCAAUGUCUAAGUUGUAGUAAUUGUGUGUCUGGGCAUUGUAUAUCCAACACAACAUUAUGUGACAUGUGUCAAGCUGGUUAUUAUUUGGUCGAUGGAAUAUGUGUUGCAUGUGAUUCAAAUUGUGCCACAUGUUCCGGGUCUUCAUCAACUUGUCUUUCUUGUAAAUAUGGUACAUAUCUAGUCGGUUCUUUUUGUGUCACGUGCGAUACAAAUUGUGCUUCAACAUAUUGUAACGUUCUAUUCGGUUGUACAAAAUGUAAUAAUGGGUAUUACCCUAAAAACAAGAGAUGUUCUCAAUGUAAUCAAAUCACAAAUUGUUUAACUUGUAGCCAAACAGAAGAAAAAUGUUUGACCUGUACAAGUGGUAUUUCAUAUGUAAAUUCCAGUGGUUUGUGUUCAUUGUGUGAUUGGACAUGUUCAACAUGCAACACCAAUGGGACUUGUAAUGGUUGUUCGACUAAUUAUGUUCCUUUUCCUGUUAACAACAAAACAUGUCAGUUGUGUAGAUCUUUUGAUCCAAAUUGUGAUGUGUGUGGAGACAGAAAUAAUCGAGUUUGUACAUCUUGUGAUACAAAUUACUAUAUUAACGCGCAAAACAUGUGUUCUCAGUGUGACACGACAUGUGCAUAUAGCGGUUGCAAUAAAAACACUGGUAUUUGUGAGACUUGUGGGACUGGAUACACCAAAAAGACGACGGAUAGUAUUCCAUGUGAGUUGUGCUCUUCGUUUGAUCCAUAUUGCACAGUCUGUUCACAAACAAUCAGAAAAUGCACAACAUGUACAACUGGAAAAUAUCCAAACCCGUCUUCUCCGUUUAGUUGUAUUGAUUGCCAUAGUUCUUGUUCAAGUGGGUGUUCCACCACAACAGGCAAUUGCAUGACUUGUGUCAACGAUCAGUACACAAUCAACCCAUCAAACCCAAAACAGUGUCAAAGCUGUUCUUCUUUCGAUUCGAAUUGUCUGAGUUGUUCAAGAACUGAAAGAAAGUGUCUUUUGUGUCUAAGUGGUGUUUCGUACUUAUCGAAUGGAAUGUGUGCGUUGUGUGACUCAACGUGUUCAAUGUGUGGAACUGAUGGUAUUUGCACACAAUGUAUAACCAAUUACGUCUUUUAUGAACCAAAACAAAUUGGGUGUUUGAGUUGUACUUCAUUUGACUUAAAUUGUAUGACGUGUAGUUCGUCAAGUUCCAGAAAUUGCACCACAUGCAAAACAAAUAUGUAUCCCGGUGUUUCCAAUGGAAAAUGUAAAAGUUGUGAUGCUUCGUGUAAUGGGAGUUGUGAGACAACAAAUGGAAUUUGCACAAAUUGCGUUUCUGGAAAAGUCUUCAAUGAUCCAAAAGGAUUAACAUGUAUUGACUGUUCCACUUUCGAUAUCAACUGUGUUGCAUGUGCUUCAAAUGGAGAAAGAAAGUGUAUCACGUGUCGUGAGAACAGUGGGUUUUAUUUGCUCAAUGGAAGGUGUGUGGCGUGUGACUCAACUUGCAAACCAAAUACGUGUAACUCGACAAGUGGAUAUUGCUCGCAAUGUUUGUUGAAUUACACAGUGACUUCUCCAAUAUCGAAAGUCUGUGUGAAAUGUUCUGAAUUUGAUUCAUACUGCUCAAAAUGUGCAACUGACUUCACCAGAAAGUGUGAGUUGUGUUCGAGUGGUAAAUACCCAAAAUCCACAGAAAGCUAUAAAUGUGCUGAUUGUGACUCGACAUGUGGAGGUCAGUGUAGUGGCUCGACUGGUGUUUGCACGGGGUGUCUGUCAAAUUAUGUAUUCUCAACAACAAACAGUUUGGUGUGUGACAAAUGCUCAACAUAUGAUGCAAAUUGUCUGACGUGUGAUUCGUCAUAUCAACGGCAGUGUGUGACAUGUAAGACAAGUGGGAUGUAUCCCGAUGAAUCAACAAAGAAAUGCAAAUUGUGCAGUACAACAUGCAAUGGCAAUUGCAAUCAAACUAGUGGUAUCUGCACUGCCUGUCUGACUAAUUAUGUGUUUGAAGAAACAAAGAGUAAAAUGUGUGUCACUUGCAAAACAUUUGACAACAACUGCAAAACAUGCAAAUCAGACUACACACGAAAAUGUGUUGAUUGUGAAAAUGGGUAUUAUCCCAACGACAGCGGUAUUUGCGUGCCUUGCAACAAUGGUAAUUGUACAACAUGUAAUUCUGCGACUGGUAUUUGCACCUCUUGUGUUUCCAAUUACGUGUUUACAAAUCCAGUCAGUACCACAUGCGUCGAUUGUAAAGAUUUUGACUCGAAUUGUGAAAUGUGUUCAACAGAUAAUUCACGAACUUGCAUUUCAUGCAAAGCCAAUAUGUACCCCGAUACAACAUAUACAUGUAAAAGUUGUGAUUCCACGUGCGGUGGAAGUUGUAACACAACAAACGGAAUUUGCACAUCAUGUUCAACACAGAGUGUCUUCACAGAACCAAAAUCAACAAAGUGCAUCAGUUGUAGUGUCUUUGACACAUCUUGUGUCAGUUGCAACAAUUCACCAAACAGAAUAUGCUCAACGUGUUCAACGGGAAAAUAUCCCCAAGCGUCUGGAAAGUGUGGUGAGUGUGACUCGACGUGUGGUGGUCAAUGUAAUCCAACGAAUGGGUAUUGCACCGGUUGCACUGCCAAUUACGUCUUAUAUGAGACAAGCAAUUUGAAGUGUCAAAAGUGUUCUGACUUUGAUUCAAAUUGCAACACGUGUGCAUCUGAUUUUACACGAAAAUGCACCCAAUGCAAUGCGGGCUAUUAUUUGGUGAACAACAGAUGUGUUGCAUGCGAUUCUUCGUGUAACAAACAAUGUGAUCAAACCAGUGGGUAUUGCACUGGAUGUAUGACCAAUUAUAUCAAAUCCGACACAAACCCAAAGACUUGUGUUGCUUGUUCUACACUGGAUUUAAACUGUUUAACGUGUUCAACAAACGGAGAUCGAAAAUGUGAGAUGUGUACAAAUCAAACGUAUGUCAAUCCCACGACAUUCAGAUGUGUUGCUUGUCCGUCUGGAUGUGACAAUUGCAACGGGAAAACUGGCGAAUGUACAAAUUGUGCUAAUAAUUACGUUGUAUCUGCAAGCGAUUCGACAAAGUGCGAAUCUUGUUCUACUUUUGAUUCAAAUUGUAACAUUUGUGCAUCUGAUGCAUCGAGAAAGUGUGUUACUUGCAAUUCAAAUUAUUAUCCAAAUUCCACAUUCAAAUGUCAAUUGUGUGACUCAACGUGUGGAAAUCGUUGUAAUCCAUCGAAUGGGUAUUGCACUGGAUGUGCUACCAAUUAUGUCUUAUUUGAAACAAACAAUGUGAAGUGCCAAAAUUGUUUUCAAAUGGAUUCUAAUUGCAAUAAGUGCGCGACAGACUUUUCACGGAAAUGCAUUGAGUGUGUGAAUGGGUAUUACCCCGACUCAACCGGCACGUGUGUUUUAUGCGACCCUACUUGUAAAGACAAAU